CUCUGCGCGGAGGAGGAGGCGGCGCUCGGCUGGCUGGCUGCGCUCGGCGGCGCGUCCUCCCUGCGGAGCUGCUCUCAGGGGCUGCUGGCGGCGGCGCAGGAUGGGGGAGCCGCCGGGCGGGGAGGCGCCGGAGGCCGGCUCGGUGCUGUGCCGGCUGCAGUACCUGCAGGACUCGGACCCCUUCUCGUUCGCCGCCUUCGCAGAGCCGCGCCGCGCGCCCGCCCACCCCGUCCUGGAGGCGCUGCCGCUGGCCGCCCAGCUGCCCGCCAUGCACCGCCUGCUGGCCGCGCCCCUGCCGCUGGAGGACUGCGCCCUGCAGGCUUUGCCUUCUGGCCACUACCUGGACCUCGAGCUUUCGCUGCUGGAGCAGAAGGAGAUGCUGGAGGGCUUCUAUGAAGACAUCAGCAAGGGCAGGCGGCCCAUCCUGCUCCUGCGCACCCAGCUCUCCGUCCGCGUGCACGCCAUCCUCGAGAAGCUCUACAACUCGAAGGGGCCAGAGCUGAGGCGCUCCCUCUUCUCCCUGAAGCAGCUCUUCCAGGAGGACAAGGACCUGGUGCCGGAGUUUGUGAAUUCGGAAGGGCUGACCUGCCUCAUCUCCGUGGGAGCCGAGGCGGACCAGAAUUACCAGAACUACAUCCUGAGAGCACUCAGCCAGGUGGUGCUCUUUGUGGACGGGAUGAUGGGGGUGAUCCAGCACAACGAGACCGUGCAGUGGCUCUACACCCUGUGUGGGAGUUUGUACCGCCUCGUGGUGAAGACGGCGCUGAAGCUGCUGCUGGUGUUUGUGGAGUUCACGGAGUCGAACGCGUUGCUGCUCAUCCGGGCUGUGGCGGCCGCCGAGCAGGCCCGGGGGGGCUCCCCAUGGUCGAACCUCGUGGCAAUCCUGGAGCAGAAGAACGGGGCCGACACGGAGCUGCAGGUCUUUGCCAUGACCCUCAUCAACAAGACGCUGGCCGCCCUCCCGGACCAGGACUCCUUCUACGACGUGAUCGACUGCCUGGAGCAGCAGGGCAUGGAGGGCCUCAUCCAGCAGCACAUGGCCAGCCGGGGCACCGACCCGGACCUGAAGCAGCAGUUGGCCAUCUACGAGAACGCGCUCAAGUACGAGGACGGCGUGGAGGAGCCGCCCUCCGGCACCCGCAAGGAGCGGAGGAAGGGGGACGAGUCCCGGAGGGGGCGGCGCUCGCUGGGCUGGCCCGUGGCCCCCGAGGAGAGCCCCGGCUCCGUGGCUGCGGCAGGGGCCCCGUCCCGCCCUGCCCGGACGCCAGACCUGCCGGCGGAGAGCUACGAAGAAGAGCGGGCCGGCUUCCAGAGGGCGUUCAGCAGUGCGUCCAGCGUCCAGCUCUCGGGGCUGCCCGGCCCGGCCGAAGGAGGAGAGCCGCUUGGCCUGGGCGAGAGGAGCGUCUUCAAACUUCACGAACUGCCCCCUCCUUGGCAAGAGGAGAGCCCCCCAGUAUGUGGGGACAAGCCCAUUCUGAGGCGUUUUGAAGCCCGCUUCCUGGAAAACCUCGCGGCUUCCCAGAAGGAGAAGAUGUCGGCCAUCUGCAGGGGGCGGGCAGAGGUCCUUGCUGAAGCUGCUCCGGGCGCUGAACCGGCGGUGCCAGGGAAAUGGAGCGAAGCGCAGCCCGGGAUGGCCGGAGGGCAGGAGCCGGCCUUGGCCCUGGCCCUGGCCGGUGAAGAGGCUGGCGAGGGCCACCCUCCCAGGCCCAACGGCGACCUGAGCCUGGCCCAGGGAAGGGCCCUGCCCGGCGACCCGGGGGAUCCAUGCAGCGGCAGCGGCAGCGGCGUUGCUCCCGAGAAGAAGCUGGUGCUGGACAUGCUCUUCUCCAGGCAGGCCCCGGCAGAGCUGGAGAAGCCGCCCCCUGUCCCUGCAGCGGAGCGCCAGGCAGUCCUCCGGACCGAGGAGGGGGCAGCGGGGCAGCCCCAGGGGGCCGGGGAGGGCCCCUCCCAGGCCCGGCUGCUGCACUCCCAGCCCAGCCUGGAUGCGGACGCCAGCCUGCAGAGCCUGGAGAAGACCCGCAUGAGUCCCUUCGGGAGGGGCUCCGAGGCCACGCGGGACCUGCCGCCGGGCCCUCGGCCCAAGCUCCUCAAGGUCCGAGAUCUGGACUUCUCAGACCUGGGCGAGGAGGAGGACUUUGACGUCCUAGAAACGGAGGCGGUGGAGGAAGCCUCGUCCCACCUGCCCGGCCUCGCGGGCCCCCCUCCCCCGCCCCCUCCCCCGCCAGGCUGCCCUCCCCCGCCCCCACCUGCUCCUCCCCCGCCAGGCUGCCCUCCCCCGCCCCCACCUGCUCCUCCCCCGCCAGGCUGCCCCCCUCCCGCCCUGCCCGGCUCCUCCCCCGCCAGCCCUGCCUCUCCCGCCAAGAAGAAGAAGAAGACGGUCAAGCUCUUCUGGAAGGAGCUGAAGCGAGUGGCUCUUCCUGCCGGGGGAGGCCACUUUGGGCAGGCCUCUCUGUGGGCAUCCCUGGAGAAGGUGGAGGUCGACGCCGCCAGACUGGAGCAUCUGUUUGAGUCCAAGGCCAAGGAGGUGCCCAGCGCCAAGAAAGCCGUCGACGGGAGGAAGACCCUUGUCGUCUUGGAUCUGAAGAGGAGCAACGCCAUCAACAUUGGCUUGACGGUGCUCCCUCCCGUACACAUCAUCAAGACGGCCAUCCUCAACUUUGAUGAAUUUGCAAUUAGCAAGGAGGGCAUUGAGAAGAUCUUAACGAUGGUUCCGACAGAGGAAGAGAAGCAGAAGAUCCAGGAGGCGCAGCUGGCCAGUCCCGACGUCCCGCUGGGGUCCGCCGAGCAGUUCCUCCUGACUCUCUCCUCCAUCACGGAGCUCACCGCCCGGCUCCAGUUGUGGGCGUUCAAGCUGGACUACGAGGCCCUGGAGCAGGAGGUGGCAGAGCCCCUCUUUGACCUGAAGCUCGGCAUGGAGCAGCUGGCCAAGAACCGGACCUUCCAGUGUGUCCUGGCCACUCUGCUAGCCAUGGGCAACUUCCUGAAUGGCUCCCAGAGCCGAGGCUUCGAGCUGAGCUACCUGGCCAAGGUGUCGGAGGUGAAGGACACGGUGCACCGGCAGACCCUCCUGCACCACUUGUGCCACAGCGUGGAGGAGAAGUUCCCAGACACCACAGACCUCUACUCGGAGAUCGCUGCCAUCGCGCGCUCAGCCAAGGUGGACUUUGAUGCGCUGGCGGAAAACCUGGUCCAGCUUGAGCGGCGGUGCAAAGCAUCUUGGGAUAGCCUGAAGGCCAUCACCAAGCAUGAGAUCAGGGCUGGGCUGAAGAGCAAGCUGGUGGACUUCCUGCAGGCCAGCACCCAGAAGAUCGUCAUCCUCAAGAUUGUCCACAGGCGGGUGCUGAACAGGUUCCGUUCCUUCCUCCUGUAUCUGGGCUAUGAGCCGCGUGCGGUGCGGGACAUGAAAGUCACGGGCUUCUGCCUGACCCUGCGGGAGUUUGCCCUGGAGUAUCGCACGUGCCGAGAGAGGGUCCUGCAGCAGAGGAAGAAGCGGGCCGCCUGUCGGGAGAGGAACAAGACCCGGGGCAGGCUGAUCACUGAGAUGGAGCGGUUUGCCAACAUCAGCCCGCCUCAGGCCAGUCCCGCGCCAGCCGUGCUCUCUGCCAGCCCAGAGCAGAAGGAGGAGGCCGCCAGCCACGAGAGCAUGACCAGCAUCCUCAUCCCGCCCCCAGAGCCGUCUGGCCGCCGCUCCCGGGCCAGCCGAGGCAUGGGGAAGCAGAGCCCCCCCAGGGCGCCUGCCCCCCCGGAGGAGGCGGCCAGCUCCCCCGAGGACGCCUCCGAGGAGAUCAUGGACCGCCUGGUGAAAUCCGUCACGCAGAGCACCCCUCCGCGGCCGGGCGCGGGGAAGGAGCGCAAGCGCUCGCGCGUGAACAGGAAAUCCUUGAGGCGGACCCUGAAGAGCGGCCUGAGUGACGAACUGGUCCAGGCCUUGGGCCUGGCGCAGGCAGCCGGAGUGGCCGUGUGACGAGCCGAGGAGGAGGAGGAGGAGGAGGAUCAGGAUCAGGGAGGCCCAGCGGCUGGAGGCUGGCGCCUGGCAGAGAGCCCUGCGGCCGCGCUUGCUGGGGCAGCCCAGGAGGGCCCGGGAGGAGAGGGCCACCCCCCCCCCCGGCCAGAGGGUGCCGCCUGCCUCACUUCCCCGGAGCGGCCGGCUUCCCCCCUCCUCAAGGAGGCCCACUCUGCCUGCCAGUGGACGGUAUUACGCGUGUGUGUUUCGGGGGGGGGGGCUGUUUCCGUCCAGCGCCUGGGAAAGCUGGCUUUGGGGCCAGGCGCCAGGCCGCCCUUCUGCUUCAACCGGUUGAACUCCCAGAAUCCUCUCUGAUACGGCAGCUGCCCGGGCCCUCCCUCCUGGCCCCUUGGCCAAUGAUGGCCUUGCAAGAGGCAGCUGCAGAGAGCGCUUCCCUCCCGGUUGGGAGGCUGGAACAGGGCCUGCGUCGCCAGCGGGCCCCACAGGCCCCCUCCCUGCCCCGGUGAGGGCGGAAUGGACGAGUCGGGUCCUGCUGCCGCCGCCGCUGUCACAGGGCGUAGACCGGCUCGGGACACUUGGCUCCGAGGGGAGUUCUGGGAUGCUGCCGAUUUGGGAACAGGACAAGGGAGGAGAGUGUAAAUGUUGACUGCAAGCUUCCAGGUCACACAGAGCUCAACUUCAAUGGAAAAUAAAGGCUGUUCCUGUACAGGCUGCUGUCAUCCUGGGAAAGCGGAGUGUUCCUUCAAGGAGGCGGCCAGCAGGCACUGCAGCCUCGGCCUCACCUGCUGCUCCUUCACCCGCCUGCAGAUGGAGAUGCAGCCCCACAGCUGUGAGCCCUGCAGGCGCCUCUUGGCAGCCUCUGCACACACACACACACACACACACACACACACAGGGCCCUCUGGGCGCCCUCCCCACCCACCCCGCCCCCUUCCUCCGGCUUCCCCACAUCCCCAUCUUGCCUAAGAGGACUUCCGUGAGACCAGCCGCGUUUCUCAAAAGUGGCCUUUGCACUUCCAGACUAAACCGGCACCCCUUCGGUGGGCUGCUUGUGAGCUGCACGUCGUCGCAGGUGAAAAGCCUCCCCCCCCCCGGCCAGCUUUUCUUUCCCCUUCAGAUUUCAAAGCCAAGCCCAAAGGGAGGCUGUUAUGGAUACACCCACCCCCCCCCCGCAGACCCCCCAAGCGGCCAUGGAAUGGAGACGUGGCAUUCGAGAGCAGACCCCGUGAAACAGUUGACUGGAGCUUGCAGGCUGUGUCACGUGCAGCAGGGCGUCAGUCGGGGAAUAAGCCCGUCAAGACUCCCAAAUCCAUCCGUUGCCAAAGAGUUAAGAGGCGGUGGGGCUGGCUGGCAGCCCCUUCUUCCCGCUAGGGCCAUCCUGAGUUCUUGAGGGGGGGCCCUUGGGGAAGGAAGGCACCUUUGUGGGCGCCCCCCCCACAUCCCACCUUCUAGCUCCCAGGCCCACCAGACAGAAGCCUAACCGUAGCUCGGGACUCCAGCUGCUGGAGGACUACAACUCCCAUCAUCCCCAGCCACAAUAAAUGGAUUGGGCCUGGUGGGUCAAGAGCCCAAAGGGAAGGGCCUGCUUGACUUUGCCCACCCCCAGCUGCUUUUGGACUACAACUCCCAUCUCUCUGGCUGCGGGGAUGACCCUCUUUGCAGGGGGCCUAGUAGGCACCACCCUCCCCCUGCAGUCCCUGCUUGCCUCUGCACCACCAGGGCUGCACAACUCUGGCCCAGACUACAACCCCCAGCACCCCUCGUUGUGGCCCACUGUGCCUGGGGAUGAUGGGGAGGGGGGUUGUCCCACAGCAGCUGGAGGGCCAGCGUUGUGCAGCCUGCCCCUGCUUGCUCUGGGGCUGCGCUGAGCAGCCAGCAUGCCCGGCCUCUCCAGCCACAAGGCAGUGGCGCCCCCAGAGUUGGCCCAACCAGGUGCCCUGCCAGCUGGGAGUUGCCCGGGGGCUGUGGCAGCCUUGCUGGGGGGGGGUGGUCCUGCUUCAGGGCCAGCUGCCUCCCCCCCCCUUGUGGCUGCUUGCACAAUAGGCUGGCCCUGGGCAGGCAGGAAGGGGAAGGGGGCCCUUGGCUGACCUGGGGGCCAGAAGGGCCAGGGGCCAUGGCGGGGAUGCUGGGAGGAGAGCUUUGCAGGCCUCCUUGGAAGAAAUGGUGGAGCAGCCAGCGGGGGGCGGGGGGGGGGCGGAAGAAUGGCAGCUAUGCGGCAGCCUGACAGGCCCUCGGCUGCGCCCUGCCCUGGAGGGAGGGAGUGGGGUGACUGUCUGCAGCUGUACCUGCAGGGAGAUGGUGAGGCGAAGCCGGCCAGGCUGGGCUUGGGCGCUCCUAGGUGGCUGCUAGGAAGGGAGCCGAAGCCAAGGCGACCGGCUGAGUGGCCACGGGGUCCCCUCGUUUAUGGGCCAGGCCAGGGCGGCUGCUCCUUGUGGCUCCUGCCCCUGCUCAUAAUCUUCGCGGCUCCGCUGUCCUGGGCUUUCGUAAAGCUGACCAGUCCUUGGGGCUGCAGGUCGACUCAGCCCCCCCGCCCCCCUGCAAGGCCCAGCCCUGCCUGCCAAGACGGUCUCCCAAGGGUGCUUUUUCCUUCCUACUGCCAAGUUCACCUUCCUCCGGCGUUCUGUGCUUUCCCCACUCAUUAUACUCUAGAUGCCUUUCCAGGGUGCUUUCCAGGUUCAACCCUACAACAGGGUGACUCCGACGGCUCUGCAAAGUGUGCUUCCAUCCUGCCUGUGUGGUGACACCGCAGUCCCUCCCCUGACAGCAAGGGGCCCUGCACAUUUCCCAAGCCGCCUUUCGGAUUUUAUCUGGGGUUAUAGUGCUGCAACAUUGCAUGUGCGUUGCAAAACCGUAGCUGUAUUUUCCCGCUUGAGAGUCUGGGGAUCGUUUUCAAUACAAUCCUGCCAAGUUGAAGCAUUUUACCCCCUUGCAGCGUGUCACCUGGAAAGCGCCCUGACCUAAACGUUUUGUUUUUAAGGACUGUAUAUCCUGCUUGUCAAGUAGCACAAUACUUCAGAAUUAAAACAAAUAAAAGCUGC